UAAGAGAUCUAAAGGGGAGAGGAUAGGACAAAAAGUGAUAAUGAUGAAUACAUUGCAAAGUUUUUUUUUUGUCCCUGACGAGGGUGUCAGAUUGAACGGCCCGUGCGCAUGUGCGAAGGUGUCCAAACUGACAAUGCUUGUGAGAUGAAGAUAGUGUUGUUGCUGCUUCUGGGCUCACGGAGGACGAGAGGAAUCUACAAGCCGACAAGAUGAGAUCCAAGGCUAGGGCAAGAAAACUGGCCAAAAAUGACAUUGAGCCAGUGGACAGCAUGUACGAGACAGAGGCCCACCUCCCGGCAGGAGGGGUUGAUAGUGGGGAGGAGGAGACCGAGGAUAGCAUCAUGUCCCCCAUCUCCGUAGGACCCCUGUCCCCGCACCCCAACAACCACCACCACCAUCCCCACCACCAUCCCAGCCACCGUCAUCACCACGAGAUCCCCUUCACGCCCAGGGAAGGCUCGCCCUACAAGGUGCCCGGCGACAUUCCCGGCGACCUGGAGCUGCGCGAGUCCUCGGUGCCCGGAGCAGGCCUGGGGAUAUGGGCCAAAACCCGGAUCGGGAUGGGAGAGCACUUUGGACCUCACAGCGCACUGCAGAGUGCCACGGUCAAAGACAGCUCCUUCGGAUGGGAGCAGAUGCUGAAUGACCACGAGGUGAUGUCCUCUCCGGAGAGCUGCAUCAAAAAGGUGGUGGAUGAGAUGGGCAACAUCAAGUUCUGUCUGGACGAAGGCUCAGAGCCCGGUGGGAGCUGGCUCAAGUAUGUACGCACUGCCAUCUCCUUUGAGGAGCAGAACAUGGCGGCGUGUCACCUCAGCGGAGACCAGAUUGAUUAUAAAGCUAUUAGGGAUAUUGAAGUGGGGGAAGAGCUAUUGGUGUAUAUGAAGGAAGGAAUUUUCCCCGAGGGAUCGAUGGCACCAAAGCUAGAAGACAAACAGAUGUACCGCUGUGAGGACUGUGAGGAGCUGUUCACCUCGGCCCUGGAUCUGCAGCGGCACCAGAAGUACUGCUGCGCAGGGUCCUUGUCCGACACUCUCAGCAACGAGGACUUCAAGCAGGACUGUGACGACAGCGACCACGAGUCUGUCCACGAGUGCAAGGACUGCGAGAAGAUCUUCCCCGACGAGUACAGUCUGGACACACACAUGAUUGUGCACACAGAGGAGCGAGAGUACAAGUGUGACCAGUGUCCCAAGGCCUUCAACUGGAAGUCCAACCUCAUCCGCCACCAGGUGUCCCACGACAGCGGCAAGCACUUCGAGUGUGAAAACUGCGAUAAGGUACAGCACACCCGGCACGUGUUCACGGACCCUAGCAACCUGCAGCGCCACAUCCGCUCGCAGCACAUAGGGGCGCGCACUCACACCUGCCCCGAGUGUGGCAAGACCUUCGCCACCUCCUCGGGCCUCAAGCAGCACAAGCACAUUCACAGUAGUGUCAAGCCCUUCAUCUGCCCGUGUGGGCUGUGUGUCUCCCCAGGCGAGGUGUGCCACAAGUCCUACACGCAGUUCUCCAACCUGUGCCGCCACAAGCGUAUGCACGCCGACUGCCGCACCCAGAUCAAGUGCAAAGACUGUGGCCAGAUGUUCAGCACUACUUCCUCCCUCAACAAGCACCGGCGCUUUUGUGAGGGCAAGAACCAUUAUGGCACUGCCGGGGGCCUGUUUGCUCCCGGCAUCCCCAUGAUAAGCCCCAUCCUUGCCAAGUCCAGUUCCCAUCCCCACCACCACCAACCGGGACUCAACCACUCAGGUCUGGCCUUCCCUGACUACUUCCCCUCCCGGCCCCAUCUUCACGCCAGCCUAUCCUUCUCCCCCGGGCCGCAUGGCUUCCCCUCGCUCUCCCAUGGCUUCCCGGGUCUCUUCGUCCCCUCGCUCUUCCCCCGACCGCCCUUACUGCCCCCCAGCCCUUUUCUGAAGAGCCCCCUGGGCAAGAACAGUAACAACGGUGGGAGCCGGGAGGGCAAGCUGCCUCACAGCCCCCUGGACGGGACUCCACUGUCUCUGAUCAGCUCCAUCAACAACAACAACGGAGGAAAUAGUCUCCUCGGCAGUCAGGAGAGGGAGGACAAAGAGAGGCUGGAGCUGGCGUACAGAGAAGUCAAGGCCAAAGCCAAGAUGUCGGAGGUGUCGGACGGCAGCGACCUGGAGGAAGUCAUCACCACCAGCGGCACCGACCUGAACACCACCACCGGCACCGCCUCGUGUUCAGAGUUAGACAGCGACGCUGAGAGUGAGUGGGAACAACGGGAGCGGAUCAGCGGCACAAAGAGAAGGAAGGAGGCAGGCGUUAGAGGGAUGGUGGGGACAGAUAGGGUGGGUCAGGAUGGGCGGCCGGACAACGUGAGCAGCGGCUCAGUGUCGGCGGUGUCCAGCUCGGUCAACCUGGCUUGCGAGCAGCCCUCCUUCCUCUCGGUCGCCUCCCAGCACUCCUUCUUUCCGCAUCCGGACGAGCAGGCACUGCCCCCCACAGGGGCCACCACUGCCACCGACUCCAUCAAGGCCAUCGCUUCCAUCGCCGAGAAGUACUUUGGCCCUGCGCUCAUGGGCCUGCAAGAGAAGAAUAUGGGCUCGCUGCCCUGCCAAUCCAUGUUCCCUUUCCAGUUCCUACCCAACUUCCCUCACUCCCUCUAUCCCUUCACCGAGCGGGCCGGUGCCCUCAACCCCGGCAUGUUCUUCAAGGCUGAGCCUAAGUCGCCUCGUGCGCAACAUCCGCCACCCCACAAAAUGGCUGUCUCUCGCACUGGAGAGCCAUCGCCCUUCGACCUCACCACCAAGCCAAAGAAGGCCAAGCCGAAACUCCCGGCCCCCGCCAAGUUGACCCCACCCAGCGGUAGCAGCAACACCCCCCUCAUUCUCCCGGGGGAUGAGGAGCAGCCACUGGACCUCAGCAUCGGCAGCCACAGACGGGAUGUGCAAAACGGGGUAGUGGCCCCUGAGCAGCCGUCCAGCCGCAAGAACCAACGCAAGAAGGAGCACCCCGGCAGCCACCCGCACCAACACACCCAGCACCCACCGGGCCACCCCCUCCACCAGCCCCUGCUGUCACAGCACCAGCAGCCCCUGGCCCAGCCGCCCCAGCAGCAGCCCUCCCUGCAUUACACCAAGCCCUCGCCCUUCUUCAUGGACCCAAUAUACAGCAGGGUGGAAAAGAGGAAGUUACUGGACCCUGUAGGAGCUUUGAAGGAGAAGUUCCUGAGGGCCAAUUCGCUUCUCUUCCAUCCACAGCUACAGUAUCUUUACCAUGGUACACCUUCUUUACCUCAGAUGUCAGCCAUGGAGAGCAUGACGGAGAAGCUGGAGAGCUUUGGCGCCCUCAAACUGGAUGCCCCGCCCAACUUGCUGCAGCACUCGGCCCACCCACUCUUCAACUUCCGCUCGCCGCCGCCCUCCCUCUCCGACGCCAUCCUCCGCAAAGGCAAGGAGCGCUACACCUGCAGGUACUGUGGGAAGAUCUUCCCCAGGUCAGCUAAUCUUACCAGGCACUUACGGACACACACAGGGGAGCAGCCCUACAGGUGUAAAUACUGUGACCGCUCGUUCAGCAUCUCCUCCAACCUCCAGCGGCACGUACGCAACAUCCACAACAAGGAGAAGCCCUUCAAGUGUCCCCUGUGCAACCGCUGUUUCGGCCAGCAGACCAACUUGGACCGUCACCUAAAGAAGCAUGAGCACGAGAACCUGCCCGUGAGUCAACACUCCGGGAUCCUCUCCAACCUAGGAAACAACAUUUCCUCUCCCGACUCCAAUGCACUUUUAGAUGAGAAAGAGGACUCUUACUUCUCAGAAAUCCGCAACUUCAUUUCCAACAGCGAGAUGAACCAGGCAUCCAGCUCCACAGACAAGAGGUCAGAACUUACGGAGGAGGAGCGUCUGUCGAGCCACGGCCUGUCCAGCUACCGGGGGCUAGAGGAGGAGGAGGCGGAGGGAGAUGAUGAAGAGGAGGAAGAAGGCAGCCUGACGGAGAAAUCUCAGGACGAAGCGCCCGAAUCCCCCUCCCCGAUCACCAUGGUCACACCGGGGGCGUACGAAGACGAAGAGGAGGAGGAAGCGGAGGAAGAGGAGGAAGCCACACCGUUGGCUAUAAGCUACGAACACACCCGCAGGUGUAUAGAGGAGGACGGUGGGCUGUUAGACCUGGAGGCCCUACCCAGCUUCCCCAACUGUCUGGACCUGCAUAAGGCCAACAACGGCGAGGAGCCCCCCUUUGAUGUUAAAGUCAUUUUUAACACCGCCUCACUCGAGUCAGAAGCCCUGAAAGAGACUCUGUACAGACAUGCUAAAACUCAGGCUUAUGCAAUGAUGCUUUCUCUGUCGGAGAACAACCCUUUGCGUGCAUCCUCCCAGAACUCACUGGAUGCCUGGCUGAGCAUGGGAGGUGGCCCGUCCGAGACGAGCAGCUUUUACCCACUCAGCCACAUCUAAGAGAGUUAGGAGGAGGGAUGAAGCCUACUGCGGAGGAGAACUCAACAUCACAUAGUCCUGGCCUGAGAAGAGAGAGGAUUUGUGGCUCCUGCCCUUCUGUGUGUGUGUGUGUGUGUGUGUGUGUGUGUGUGUGUGUGUGUGUGUGUGUGUGUGUGUGUGUGUGUGUGUGUGUGUGUGUGUGUGUGUGUGUGUGUGUGUGUGUGUGUGUGUGUGUGUGUGUGUGUGUUUAUGUGCAUUGAUUUGUGCAUGCCCACGUUAGUGCGUGUGUUUGUGCGUGUGAGUGUGUACGAGGGGCCUCUCAGAUAGACACUCGCAGGCAGAGAUCAAGGUAGCACUGCUCCGCCCCUGUAGAGGGGUGAAGGACAUCCCAGGAAGGACCACCCCACUCCAUUCCAGCGAAGCCCUCUAGUUGAACUCUCAGAGACAGUCAAGUUUGAGUAUGCCACUGCAUUACUAGGGGAGCAAAACGUCUAUUCUUCACAGUCUACCAGAGCAAUUUCUCAAUAGCUUCAUAUAGUGUGACAGUAGGUUUGGAAUAUGUGCAUUGCAGGUCCGCUCUUCUCACUCGGUGGGAGGAGCAAAAGUAUCAACACAUAAUAGGGGUGUACUAGCGCGUUCACCCAAAGAACCCCCCCAUCCUCCCCAUCUUAUCAAAUGACUUCACACUCUUCAUUCCUGUUUGAAAUCAGUAAUACCACAAUGCUAAAUGUUACAGCAGGAAACGGCACUCUGGUUUAUAAAGAAAGUACAGGACGAUGAUGUCAUGGAGAUUGACCCAUCCCCAACAUAUAAUGUGCAUUGCAGAGGACAAAGUCUCGACUUCAACAGUUAUCUGGGUUUUAAAUUGACGUCCAUUGGUUAGAGUAGGGGAAAACGUAUUUUCCCCUCUUUUGAUCCUUUGUAAACUUGAUUCCAUUUUGUGUUUUGCUUUUUGAUAAACAGUAUUGUCUCUUUUUAGGCACCUCCAUGAUCAAAUGUUUAUAUAAAUAUAUAAAUAGUGAAGGACCAAAAUUGUAUGAUAUUGUUGUAUGAUGUACAAAAUAACCUGGAUGUUCAUAGCAAGAGUGGUAUGUGCCAAAUAACUUGUAGAUAAGGUUUUGUUCUUUGACAAGCAUUUAUUUUUCAAGGGGUUUUCAUAGCUGUCAAAGUUGAUGUGAUUACCUUCUUCUAUAUUUCAUUUAAAGACUUGUGGAUUCUAUUUAUUUGGGUAAACAUUUUGGGGUCACAAUUGGAGACAAGUGACAAAUGAAAAAGUUUUUUUUCUCUCUCUCUUUUACUUGUUGCUGAAGGAAUGAAAUUGAAUCGAAAUGCAAGUGAGAUUGUGAGUCUCAGUUUCAAUGCUUUUUUGUGUAAAGACCAGUGUGCCAAAUUGGAAAGAAACCAUGAAAUCAGAUGCUUUUAUUUAUAGUGACAUGGUAGUUCUAGAUUGUUUAGAUCAGUGGUUCCCAACCAGGGGUACUAGGACCCCUGGGGGGUACUUGGUCUAUCCACAGGGGGUACUUGAGAAGACCACGGGCCUACUGGUAAAAUGCACAUGAGGGGGUACUUCAGGGGUACUCCGGGCAGAGCAAAAUUCAGUUGGUAGUACAAUAACUGGAAAAGGUUGGGAACCACUGAUUUAGAUCAUGUUUGCAAUGUUGUGUCUAUCGUGAGGUUUGAUGAUUCUUGCUUCAGUUGAACUAUUUCAACCAGUAUGCUGAGUGUUUUGUGUUCAAGGUGAUUGAAUUCUUACUUUGGCUAUUUUGGAAAUUGCAGCCUUUACUUUGAUUGUCAGGUGAUUUGGAUGCCAGGGCAUUGUAUUGUUAGCUUGUAAUUGAUCCUAAGUUUGAGCAAAUCAGUUUUACUCUACAAUAAAUCCCAUCAACAUGUUAACUUAAUCAGUUUAUCAGUGCUCCGAUUCUGCAUCAGUGGUUUCAUUUUGUAGGAAUUGUUCUUUUUAAAUGUGACCAUGUGGUUUUAGAAAGAACAUCUCAGAAUGCCCCAUCAUAGAUAAAAUAGACUUUGUUUGUCAGACAGUGUCCAACUACAGUGUACCAUGCCAUCAUAUUUCCCCUCUUUAGUUGAAGGGUCUGUGCUAUACGGAAUCCUUGAGACAUCCCUACACCAUUGAAAUUGAAAUGUAAAAUGGUUAAGGUAAGGGUUAAGGUUAGGGUUAGGUAAGGGUUAUGGUUAUAGGUUAAGGUAGAAGUUAGGGUUUAGGGUAUGGACGUCCCAAAGAUUCCGGAUAGCACUGACCUUACUUGAAGUAGCUUUACUCUCAGGGUCAAAUGGUUCUGUAAGUAGUAUUGAUUCUAGUGACUUGCCUAGUUAAAUAAAUAAAUGUAAAUAGCUAGAUGGUUCACCCCUUACUUCAGCUGUGUCUGAGAUUUAUUUAUUGUCUGUAAGGGGUUUUAACACCCAGCAUAACACAUUUACUGUACUGUGAGGAGUAAACCUGACUGGCCUCACUUAAAAUAAUGAUGACCUUGGAAAAAAAAUCUAGAUCUAACUGAAGCACUGUAAUCAUUUGUUUAGUCAUCAGGUGGCAGGGUGAUACUAGUUUUGCGGCAUAAAGCCUCUUAAGGAUCCGCCCCUUUAAAAAAUAUGUUGCCUAAAAUUACAUACCCAAAUCUAACUGCCUGUAGCUCAGGACCUGAAGUAAGGAUAUUCAUAUUCUUGAUACCAUUUGAAAGGAAACACUUUGAAGUUCGUGGAAAUGUACUACUGUAAUAAGUGUGCGCUGUUAUGGAUCCACAUUGAAGUCAAAGAUCACAUUGCCAGCUUUUGAAAGGAUCUGGCAAUAUUGGUCCCAAACUGAUAACUUCAGAAUCCGGUUGCUGUUCUUUCCCCAUUGUUACAGGAAAAAGUAAAAAAUAAUAUGGUUUAUUUUUAACUGUAUAGACUGGUUGUUUGUUCAGCAAUAAAACCGCUGUGUUCGUAACUAUGGGGCCAAACAGGGGAUGGCUUAGAUUGUUGACAACAUGUAAACUAUAUGUCAUCUCCAAUGUUUAUUGAAAACAUAAAUAAAUUUGUACAAUGAGCAAUUGUUGUCUCUCAAAUACAUAGUUACAGUUGUUGGUUAGCUAGCUAGCAAAUUUUUGGCCAUAUUAACAUAGAAGUGACAUCAUCAAAACACCUCAAAACAAAGACAUGGUAUCAAGAACAAUGUAAAACUAGCUGAAACGAGUCGCCCACGAUUCACCACGUCAGCUUCUUGUCAUUGUUGCUAGCUAGCUAUGUGGCCAUCCAGAAUCACAACACACAGAUGUCUUCCCCAUUGAAGUGCGCUCAUCGUUUUCAUUAUGUUUUCAGCUAACCAGUCUAUAGUAUUUUGACAAACAAUGUUGCAUUAAGUCCGAAAAAUUCUAUGAAAAAAAAUAGGUUUAAAUGGAUGGUGCUCGUUUCAUUUGAAUCUGAGUUGUAUCACCUGUUAUGUUUAUAAAAAAUAUAUAUUGUGCAUGACGUGUUUAGCAGUCAUAAUGAUGUCCAUUUGUGAAAUGUGUAUCUUAAAUUUCAAAAUGAAAUGUAAAAAAAAAUGAAUCCGUAGAUGCACUUAUUGUACGUGGUUGGGUUAGUAGGUUUGACUUCAAACCCUUACAAAUGUAUUGGGCAGGUGGUUCUUAAAUGAUUACACAAAAGCUUGUGGCAGAGAGAUGUAAUAAAAAAGAUGAAAGGAUUGUAGAAUAAUGUUGAACAAUUCUGAAAUUGCAGUUUUUUUAAUGCUUGUGAUUAUUGAAGAAAUGUAAUGGAAAUGAUAUGAUUCUGAUGUUAAUUCUGUAGAAUAGAAAUGUAUACCAAAUGUAAUCUUUCCAAUGUUAUGAAGAAUUUAUACAUGAAAUUGAUAUGCAAUAAAACCUGUGUGCUUUUUAUAUGAAAUGUCCCUUGCAUUUGUCAUGUAGCCUUCAAUGAACCUCAAAUGACCCAAUUUGUCUCGACUUCCGCCGAAGUCGGUCCCUCUCCUUGUUCGGGCGGUGUUCGGCGGUCGACGUCACCAACCUUCUAGCCAUCACUGAUCCAUUUUUCAUUUUUCCAUUGGUUUUGUCUUGUCUUCCUUCACACCUGGUUCCCAUCAAUAACAUGUUGUGUAUUUAACCCUCUGUUUCCCCUCAUGUCCUUGUCGGAGAAUGUUUGAUUGUAAUGUUUGUGUAUUAUGGGUUGGUGCGCGACGGGUUUUGUACCCACUUUUUUAUUAUUUUGUCAUUUUGGUUUUGGAGUUUUGUGAUGCACUGAUUAAACAACUCCGUUUAUACCAA